AUUGGUGACUAAACAAGAAAUAUUUUGCGUAAAUAAAUAACUUCGUCUUAAAUAGUAACCGUGAAAAUGGUAAGAUCUUCUGAAAUUGACGAAGAAAAAAAGUCAGAUAAGAUUACCAAGGAAGGGACAAAGAAUGAAAAAGGAAUGCGAGUUGGCUCACGUUAUCAAGCUGAAAUACCAGAGUUAUCUCAAGAUAAAGUUGUUGAUGAUGAAAGUACUUGUUUGGAACCACUUUUAGUUUGGUCUCCUCAUGACAAAAUAAAUGAUAACAAAUUAGAAGAAUAUUUAACAACAGCAAAAGAUAAAUAUGGCUAUUCUAUUGAACAGGCAUUAGGAAUGUUAUUUUGGCACAAAUAUGAUGUUGAUAAAGCUAAGGAUGACUUAAAAAAUUUUACUCCCCUUCCAGAUGAAUGGAGUAUGGAAGACAGAGUUGUAUUUGAUCAGUCUUUUCAUUCUUAUGGCAAACAUUUUCCAAGAAUAAAACAACAGCUUCCUGAUAAGAGCAUUGGUUCUCUGGUUAAAUAUUAUUACACUUGGAAGAAAAAUAGAAAUAAAAAAAGUUUAAUGGAUAAAACAGAAAAGCGUGAAAUAAAUAUGAUAAAUGGACUUUUUGCUGAUGACACUGAUGGAGAAAAUGAGUCCAGUGACAGUGAGUAUGAGCCAAAUGAAAAAAAAUUGAAAACAUCAAAAAAUGGAGAAAAGCUUUCAUCUCCAACAGAUAAUAAACCCAGUCCAAUGUUAUCUACAAAUUGUGUAAAUUGUGCGGGUGUAACAUCUCAAAUGAAUUCCACACCUCGUGGAAAAAUGUGUGUACCCUGUUAUGAUUACUGGAGGAGAACUGGUAAUAUGCGACCAAAGGAUAGUGAAGAUCAGAUAUCUUUAUACCAUGGCCCACAGCACAAGCUUAAACGAAAACCACCAAAGGGAAUGCAAUUAAAGCAGGAAGCAUUGAUUGAAGUUGCUCAAGCUCAUGGGGAUUCUCACAUACGCCCUUUAGAAGUAGAGCUAAUUAACUUGCGUCGUCAGUUACUUACAGAUCGUCAAGUAAUUCAAGAACAAGAAUUUAUAUUAAGUAGUAGAGUAGGAAAGUGCAGACCCCCUGAGAUGAACCAAAAAUUAAAUCCUCGUUGGACAAAUGAAGAACUUCUUAUUGCAGUGCAGUGUGUGCGACGUUAUGGUCAAGACUUUAACGCAAUGGCAGAAGUUAUAGGAAACAAGAAUGAAAGCCAUUGUCGUAGUUUCUUCAUUAAUUAUCGUCGACGAUUUAAUUUAAUAGAGAUACUUCGAGAAUAUGAGAAAGAAAAUAAUGUUCCUCGCUCCAAUGAUAUCUGGGAUGAAGAAGAUGCUGAAUCUAUUGAUAACAAUCUUACUCAUCAUCAAGAUCAAUCGCAUCCUCCACCUUUGCGACGUCAAGUCGAUCAUAUACAAAUAACAGAAUCUCUGAAAGGACCACCCCCUCUCGUAAACAACAUGUGAGAUUAUUAGAUUUGCAAAUUUAACCAAUAAUUGAAAUUAAUGAAAGGUUUUAUUAAAUGUAUUUGUGCUUUGACUAGUUAUUUAUUAUAAUAAAUUAUUUUGUUACACUCAGUCUACCUGUUUGUGCAUUAUUUA